CAACGGUUUUGCUGACAGUCGUCCUAUCGCAUCAUUCCGUGCGCCGUUGGCGUGUUUAACAGUUGUGUAUAUUUGUAGCCUUUUUUUGUGCCGUUUGCGAAGAAGUGCAACUUAGGAACGAAGACUUCUUACCGUAUCGUGAACACUGAUUCUACUACCUGUAAAAUGUCGCGUAUUAUGAGAAUCGAUGAGAACCACGCCGCUUCCCACCAGAAUGAAGGAUUGAAGAAGGUAGCUGCCGCCAGACGACCGGUUCUUGGAGAGCUUGGGAACAGAGUUCUUCGCCAUGAAUCUCAGGAUUUGUUGGUAAAGGGCACUGACAAAGGAACGAGUUUAAAAGCAGCAAACCCAACGUUGAAGAACAUCAAACCUCGCGUCGAUACCCGAUGGAAGAAAACCGAAAAUGUGGCGGUAGGAGCCGUGACGAAGAAACCCAUUACACGCUCAGAUGCAUCAAAAAGUGCAGCUGAUGUAAAACAUGUCGUCAUCACCGGGGCCAAGACUCAGUCAACAGCUCAGGAGGCUGUGAAAGUACAAGUGCAAUUAAACAAAGGCAAUGAGGUUAAACAUGUAGGCUUGAAACGGGAAGAGAGUCAGCUAUCUUUGCGUUCGCUAGCGAAGCAGAAUCGGAAGGGUCAACAGAAAACAUCAUGCAGCUCUGCAUCUUCCACUGAAGACAUUGCCCAGUCAACAAAUUUGGCAGCGAAAACGGAACGUUUGGAUACGCAUUCGCAAAAGUUGCUGGAAAGCAUCGAAAACAUUGACAUAAACGAUGCAUGGAAUCCGAUGUUGGUUUCUGAAUAUGUGAACGACAUUUACAACUAUCUGAACAGAUUGGAAAGUACUCGAGGAUACGCAUUGCAGGAAAAUUUCCUUGAUGGCCAAAAAGAGAUCACUGCUAAAAUGCGAACCAUUCUGAUCGAUUGGAUUAACGAAGUGCACCAUCAGUUUAAGCUCGACAUUGACACCUACCACAUGACAGUAUCGCUGAUCGAUCGCUAUCUACAGAAAGUGAAAACGGUCCCCAAAAGGCAGCUUCAGCUUGUCGGAGUGACCGCAAUGUUCAUUGCUUCGAAGUAUGAGGAACUGUUUCCACCAGAGAUCCAUGAUUUCGUCUUCAUUACCGACGACACGUACCAGAAACAGCAAAUCCUGGAUAUGGAAAAGGAGAUUGUUAAGCAGUUAGACUUCAACUUGGGCAAACCACUCCCAACGCACUUUUUGCGGCGGUUUUCGAAGGCCGCCAAAGCAUCGGACAUUAACCAUGUGUUGGCAAAAUAUUUAAUCGAACUCGCCAGUGUGGACUACAGCACCGCUCAUUACAAGCCAUCGGAGAUCGCUGCAGCUGCGUUGUACAUUUCUCUGUAUCUCUUUCCCGUAUCGUCUCGUGGAGGAAAUGGUUCAUCCGGAAAGAUUUGGAAUCGAACGUUAGAACAUUACACGCACUACAGUGUGCAUGAUUUGGCACCAAUUGUUCGAAGGCUGGCAAGCGUUGUAAAGCUGGUGCCAAAGAUGUCGGAGAAAAAACUGAAGGCUACGUGGCUAAAAUACUCAUCCUCUAAACUGCAAUGCAUUUCAACCCAUUCAAAGCUGAAGGGGGUUGAAAUUGAUUCAUUGAGCGAGGGUAAGUUGGUAAUGUAAUGGUAAUGAAGACGAACUAUUUAAGGUGUAAUAGUUGUUGUUGUGUGUGACUUAACUGACGACAUAAACAUUGUUGUAAGGUGAAUUGUGAAAGAGUUUUAGAACAUUGUGAGUUUUAGAAAGACAGUCAAAUUUUUGUUUUGUAAUGCCACGUACUUGUAAAACUUAAUACGCAAAGAAAAACUGCAGAAAAGAAGUCUCAUUAUGCAUUCCUUGUUGUGGGAUAAAAAUCCCACAAUAUGACUGAAUAGGAAUAGCAUAAAUUUUGAAUUGUUACAUCGACUUCAAACUAAUGAAGCGCAUGGUUUUACUCGUGUACUUAAUUUUGUAAUCGUAGGUAAAUCAAACGUAGAUAUCAUUGGACAUCUAAUCAAUAAAAAAUGAUAAAGUCCCAUAGAA